AUGGAAGAUUACUGUCCAAGCAUAGUAGAAUAUUAUUCAGAGCAAAGAAAAAAUAAUUGUGGUUAUUGUUCAUCAAAAGAUGGUUCUCAUACUUACGGAUUGUAUGCACAUCGACUAACAGUUGAAGAUUACCAAAAUAUGAUAGACAGAGGGUGGAGAAGAUGCGGGACAUAUUGUUAUAAAUCUAUAAUGAAAAAUACAUGUUGCCCUCUGUAUACAAUUAGGUGUGAAGCUAACGAUUUUAAACCAUCUAAAACUCAAAAAAAACUACUUAGAAAAUUUAAUAAUUUUUUAAUUACUGGAGAUAUAAAAAAGGAAAAAAAUUAUAGAAACACAGAAAUUACUCAACAUAAGGAAAUGCAUUAUUUAAACAAUGAUGAUAAAGCGGUAAAUAAAAAAUUUACACCUAUGAAUAUUUCUACCAUUUCUACUGUUGAUGAAAUUCGUUCCGAUGAAAAAAUUUCUUCCGUUAAAACAAAUUCUGAAAAAGUGUCAGCCGAAUGCUCAUUAUCUCAAAAUACUAUUUCUGAAGCAAAAUAUUUAAGAAUUGAAAGAAAAAGGCAAAAAUUACAAAAUCAAGGGUUUACAGAUGAAGAAAUUGCAAAAAAGCUUGUAGAAAAGAAAAGGUAUCCAGUCACUAAAACUCUUGAAGAUUAUUUAGAUAAUGCUUUACCCGAAAAUCAAGCUCAUAAUUUUAAGAUUUCUUUAGUUAGAUCAUUUCCUCCGAGUGAAGAAUUUCACAACACAUUUGGUAUAGUUUUUGAUUUAUAUAAGCGAUAUCAAAUAAGUGUUCACAAAGAUCUCCCUAUCUCGGUUAAAUCUCCUAAAUUUAAAGAUACAUUUAAAGAAAGUAGUUGUUUAUUUGCUAAAUAUCAAAAAGCGAUACAUAAUAGUCCGGAUCAUGAUUGCGAUGAUGUAGCAUAUACUGAUUUUUUAAUUGAUACUCCUUUAGAGGCAAAGAGUGUUUACGGGUCGUACCAUCAACAUUAUUGGCUUGAUAAUAAAUUGAUAGCUGUCGGAGUUAUUGAUAUUCUUCCCAAAUGUGUUUCUUCCGUUUAUUUUUUUUACGAUCCCGAUUAUUCUCAUUUAUCUCUUGGAACAUACGGGGCAGAAUUGGAAUUCACGAGAAAACUUUCUAGUCGUUUUCCUGAUUUAAAUUAUUAUUACAUGGGAUUUUAUAUACAUUCAUGUAUUAAAAUAAAAUAUAAAGCAGCUUUUAAACCGUCUUUUUUACUUUGCCCUGAAGUUUUUACUUGGCAUCCUUAUCAAGAUUGCGAGGAAAAGUUAAAUGUUAAUAAAUAUUGCCGGCUGAACGAAACUUCAGGAAUUGAUGUCAAUUCUAAUAAUAUAACUUGUUCUGAUAUUUUAAUACUACAUAAUAGAACGGCAAUGCCACUUGGACAUUAUAAAAAAAUUAAAAAAGUAACAAAUAAAGAAUUGGAUGAAAUAAUGGAAUAUGCUAAAUUAGUCGGUAAAUUAUGUUCUAAAAAUAUUCUUCUUCUCAGAGUUUAA